ACCACUAAACAAAACAUAUCUUCUCAUGUUGAACACUGUGAGUCGUAACUAAACAGUUUAGACCUAUGACACUCCCCUCCUGUCUCGACUCUCACUUCCUCAGUUCAUCCACAAAAAGACGAUACAGGCAACAGGAAGACCACAAGCAUCUAUAGCAAUACUAGAAUGCACUGAAAGAAGUUAUUGUCGCUAUUUUCAUAAAGAGGAACAUUUCAUUCUAAGAAACAAGGAGAAUUUAACUUCAAGAAGCUCUGAACAUUAUCACUGGCUCUUCUCUCUGUGAUGCAGUGGGCUGUAUGUUGGAAAAUCGCAAUUCCUUGUCAGCUGGAUUUUGCUUUACUGUUUUGAAAAUGGGCCACAGAUUGGAAGAGGACAAAAUGAAACCAAGAGGAGGAUUAAAAUGUUGCAAACUAGGAAUUAUUUUCCUCUUGUUGACGAUCAUCAGUUUCGUCGGACCUGUGAGUGGAUUUGCACUGAAGACUUGCCGAAUCAGCCAAAAUAACGCCAUAUGCGUCAAGAGCAAACUGAAAGCUGUUCCUCGUGAUAUUCCCUCAACAGUGACGGUCUUUGAUUUAUCUGAGAACAGAAUUUCAAGAAUACAAGCAGCGGAUUUCAGAGAUCUACCAGUUUUGAUUCGGUUAGACCUAAACCGCAACAACAUUUCACAGAUAGAUAGCGGCGCUUUUGCUAAUCUGAUUUCCCUCCAGAAGUUAAAUCUAAAUAACAACAGACUUGUCAAACUGGGCGAGAAUGUUUUUAAAGGUUUGAGUGGCCUUACUGAACUCAGAAUUCUCAGUAACCGCAUGAAAGAAGUUGCAUCCACCUCUUUCAAGCCCUUGACAAGCUUGCAGGUUUUGGAUAUUUCUCACAACAAACUAGACAGCUUAGAAAAAGUUCAUUUAAUAUUGCAGCAUUUGCCACAUCUGGGGGAGCUGGUAAUGAAAGACAACAAUUUAUUCGCUUUUAGGUCAUGGGAACUGACAAACAGGUCAUUGGACCUUCGUGCCAUUGACUUGUCUCAAAAUCCCAUCGCAGUUUUUACGAUCACCGAAGAUAUUUUCCCAAAUCUCACUCGGUUUAACAUCGGCGGCUCUUCCAGAAAGCAACAGAUGAUCUGGGACGUACAUAACCACACUUUCCUGAGUCGAGUGUCUACACUUGAUAUCAGCGGGCUUCAAAUGGCUCUUGGAGACAUGAAAACACUGCUGCAGAGAGUGAACUCGUCUCUAACUUCUCUGAGAAUGAACGCAAUGAAAUAUAACCUCGCCAAGCUCAUCAACAUGUCCUGCACCAUCCCAACUCUGUCCUCGCUGCAACUUCGAUACAACAAGCUCAAAAUUGUAAGCUCAGAUUUGUUUAAGCUGUGCGUUAAUGUCACCGAGUUAGAUUUAACAAAGAGCAACAUAAAAGCUAUCGACGACAACGCCUUCAAAUCCCUUCGAAGUUUAAAGAUCUUGACCCUGAGUUCCAACAGGCUUCCGUCUGUCCCGGCUGCCACAAGGAAUCUUCCGGCUUUAUUAGAGCUGGACCUCAGUAACAAUAACAUCAGCUCACUCCAAUGUCACGAUUUCGCUGAUCAGACGAAGCUUCGGCAGCUCAACCUUUACCGGAAUUCAAUCCCAGAUCUGAAAGAUUGCCUCUUUAAGGAUUUAACACAGUUGCAGGUUCUGAAACUACAGUCCAGCCACAUACGUAAAUUGAACGGCGCUUUCAAAAGAUACUUGCCAAACCUCACACAGCUAAAUCUGUAUGGAAAUGAACUGACUGCUAUCAAAGGGGGUGUGUUUAAAAGCCUGCGGUCCCUCCAGAACUUGUCGUUACAUCAAAAUAAGAUAACGACUCUCGAAAAAGAUAGUUUCGUUGGCUUGACAAAUCUUACGCGUAUUCAGUUGCAAUCAAACAAUAUUAACAAACAGCAGCUAGACAAAGAUGUUUUCAAUACUUUGAUUAACUUAAGAAGAUUGGAUUUGGAGAACAAUAACAUUAAAUAUGAGUCUAGUUUUGCUUUGCUUAAUCCACCGUUUUCUAAACUAUCCCGUCUGGAGGAGUUGUCUAUCCCUGCACAGCACUACAGAAACAAGCAUUUGCUGCCUCGAAACUUCCUGCAAGGUUUGACGAACCUUUUGCUUUUCAAGGUCAGGAACAAUCAGCUUGUUUACCUGCACAAGGACACAUUUAGUUACACGCCUAAGCUGCAAACGCUUGACAUCAGCUCAAAUGACCUUACCGAUCUCCCUCCGGAACUGUUUUUCCCAAUUCAAAACCUGAAGAGCCUAUAUAUAUCUAGAGCAAGCCUCCACUCUCUAGAUAUCUUCAUAGGUGCCAACCUGACCAACCUGGAGUUCCUGCAGGCGAGAAAUAAUCUAUUCUCAGUUAUCAGGAAGGAGACAAUAGAGUCCCUGCCAGCUCUGGUUUAUUUGGAUCUUCAAUCUAACAGUUUCACCUGUGACUGCGAUAACGCCUGGUUCCUCCAGUGGGUAAAAAACGACAGCCGCACUCAAGUUUUUGAUGCUUAUAACUAUACAUGCAACUAUCCGCCAGUCGUCGAAGGUACGAAGCUGUUGGACCUCGACAUCCGGGACUGCGUAGUCGACACUGGCUUCAUCUGCUUCAUCUCCACCACAUGCACAAUCCUCUGUUUUAUGAUGGCGACCUUCACCUACCAUUUCAUGAGGUGGCAGCUGGUCUAUGCCUAUUACCUUUUCAUGGCUUGGCUCCUUGACACAAAGCACAAAAACAAGCAAGCGCCUCAUCAGUAUGACGCCUUCAUCUCCUAUAACACCCACGAUGAGCCCUGGGUCAUCAGAGAGCUCUUACCAAAACUGGAAGGAGAACAGGGCUGGAAGUUGUGUCUGCACCAUCGAGACUUUGAGCCAGGGAAACCCAUCAUUGACAACAUCACAGACGCCAUCUAUGGGAGCAGGAAGACCAUCUGUGUGAUCAGCCGCAGAUACCUGGACAGCGAGUGGUGCUCUAAAGAGAUCCAGGCGGCCAGUUUCCGACUGUUCGAUGAGCAGAAGGACGUUCUGAUCCUGGUGUUCCUGGAGGAGAUUCCCAGGUAUUUACUGUCUCCGUACCACCGCAUGAGGAAACUACUGAAGAGGCAAACCUACCUGAGCUGGCCGCAAGCCGGAGAACACGCCGAGGUGUUCUGGCAGAAACUCCGACAGGCUCUGAAGACCAAAGAAGAUCCGGAUGAGGACAGAUUCCACCUCACUCUGCUGGAAACACCAUGAUGGAAAUAAGAAAUACAAGGUUUUUCAGCUUUGUUCUCAGUGGUUUGAGCAGUUUAUCUGAAAGAUAUCAGCUACUGAACAUAGCAGUCUUUACAUAUCAAAAGAAAUGGACAAUCAACCAUACAAUCAAACUAGAAGACCAAGUUAUGGUUAAGCACUGAAGACUGAACAUUUAAUAUGUCUGAGAAAAAAGAAGAAGGACUGACAUGAACAGUUUUUUCAAAAGUCAGCUUAACCCUCCUGUUGUCCAGCGGGUCAAAUUGACCCGUUUUAAAGUUUGAAAAUGUGGGAAAAAUACAUAUAUUUUCACAGUGAAAACGUCUACAUUUUCAACAUUUUUGGGAAAUUUUUGAACAUUUUUUGGUGCAAAAAAAGAAAUGCUAAAAAAAAAAAUGUUUCUUUAAGAACCUUCGGAAAAACAAUCUACCAAAAUCCAGCGAAUUUUGCUGGAUUUUGGCAAAUUUUUUCUGAACGUUCUUAAAUAAAUUAUUAGAACUUUUACUGAUAUAUAUGGAAUCACUUUAGAUAUUUUUAGGAUUUUUUUGGAAGAUUUUUAUUCAUUUCUUGAAAAUAUUUACAUUUUUAAAUUAAUUUUUUUUAUUUUUUAAAAUUUUUAU